AUGGACACCAUCAAAAUAAAGAAGCCAUCGCGCCCUCCUCCUCGAUUGCGGACCAAGACUGGAUGCUAUAAGUGUCGGGAACGACGAAAGAAGUGCGAUGAGAGAAGGCCAAUCUGUACGGCAUGUGAGAGACUCCAGAUUGAAUGCGUAUAUCGGUCACCAGCGAACCAUUCGAAUGCGUCGCCGGAGACUUCGCAGGCGUCGCAGCGUACACGGACGCCAGACAGCCUGAUCGACUCUCUACCAACCAUAUCGCCUCGAAAUACGUCGUUGUGGCUUCGCCCUGCGGGUUUGAGGACAGAACAAGACUGGAAUAUAUUCCAGUAUUGCUCGACGAGAUAUAUUCAACUCCUGACCUCACCCGAUGCCACCUCUGAAUUUCGAGAUGUUUCGUUCGUAUUUGCUAUUGGCUUUGACGAACCGUGGGUGAUGCAUGCCGCUCUCGCUCCAGCCGCGCUCCACGCUUCGUGUGCUGCUCUCAUUCCCAAGGAAGAUGCCAUGAUCUAUACUCAAAGCGCGAUCCAGGGACUUCGACAGGCUAUUCAGGCUCCGACGCGCCGGCAUACUUCCCGGGAACCCUUCCUCGCUGCUACCCUCUUUCUCGGCGUAUUCGAGGACUUCUAUUCUUCCCACGCUAGCCAGAGCUUAACUCACUACUGUGCCAUGGCCCAGGUCCUAGAAGAACAAGCUGUGAUUGUCCCACGAUUUGAAAUUUCCCAGCUUCCGGUUUUCUGGCGAACGCUACUCGAUUCGGUUCUUUAUCACUUCUCCACCAGGCUGAUAUUCGAGCAGGACAUUGAUGCUAUCUGCAAUUCGUUCCCUUGCCAGACUGUGGCCAAGUACAUUGACGCACUCGAAGGCGAAAGCAAAGGCUCAGGACGGAACUCUUCGAUAUUACCAGUUCUUGGGAGGACCCCUCCCGGUCUCUUCCUUCAAAUCUACCAAAUAACAUGGCUGAGCAGACAGCUUCCGUUCAACUACGGACAUAACUACGCCUUGGCUUUACAGUGCUGGACGGAGUUGGACCACUUUCAGGAAACAUGCACUGCCAUUGGAUCCGAGGAUGUCGAACCGACUGAAAUCAGUGGCAGCAUGGGGACAAGCAAUUCUGAGAUUGCGGCUAAGCUCUACUUCCUGGCAACGCGGAUAUUCAUUGCCAAAGUCCUCAAUCCAGAAGGAGUCUGCAAUACUUCUCCGCAUAUAUACACCCUGUUUGCGAAGGGAGUCGAAUUGCUGAAGUUAUAUGAUGGCAGCGCACCCUGUGGACAGUUUAUCUGCUGGCCAAUACUCAUCUUGGGCUGCACAGCGUGUCCGGUGACCAACCUGGAAGCAGCAAUUGACUACCCCCACGACACCCCAAGCGAGCGGCUUCGCUGGGAAAUGCGGGUUCUGAUUCAGAAUCAACUUUUGGAUAUUUGGAAGGUGUCUUACUCUGGCUAUGUGAGACGUACAGCAGGUGCUCUUGAGCGAAUAUGGAAUCUACCUGAUAUUCUGAUCAAAGCUCCCGAUGAUGGAUAUUCGUCAAGUUCUGGGGUAGAGUACGAUGGUCUCAAUGCUUUAAUUUACAAAAAAGGGUUAGGAACAGCAUUGUUAUCGUCGGGAAGCGCCUAG